AUGCAGAAGUAUCCUCAGGGAAGAAUGUCUCAUCAUUUCCGUGAAAUGAAAGUUGGUGAUUACAUGUCAGUGAAAGGGCCUAAGGGACGCUUCAAGUAUCAGGUUGGGCAAGUCAGAGCUUUUGGAAUGAUUGCCGGUGGAUCUGGCAUUACUCCAAUGUUUCAGGUUACAAGGGCCAUACUGGAAAAUCCAAAGGAUAAAACAAAGGUUUACCUUAUCUAUGCUAAUGUCACUUCCGAAGACAUCCUUCUAAAGGAAGAGUUGGACAGCUUGGCUAGGAAUUAUCCUGAUCGUUUUCAAAUUUAUUAUGUGCUUAAUCAGCCCCCUGAGAGUUGGAAUGGCGGCGGUGUUGGCUUUGUGCCAAAAGAUAUGAUCAAUAAUCACUGCCCUGCACCGGCACAUGACAUCCAGGUCAUGAGAUGUGGUCCGCCUCCCAUGGCAGCACACCUGGAUGACCUUGGUUACACAAAGGAGCUGCAGUUCCAAUUCUAA